AUCAAUAUACAAAACAUGUAUCAUAUAUAAUGUGAAAGAAAAAAAAAAGUUGUGUUAUUAAAAUAAAAAAUACAUGAUUUGCAUGAUAUGCAAUAGGCCUAAGGGUCUUAUCGUAUUUGCCAAGAUUGAGAGCAGCACAAGCUUUUGUUAAUCUAUAAGAACCUCCUCUCCUCAACCUUCAUUUCCCCUUCCAACAAGAGCUUAAAAUACUUUGCCUUAUUGUCAUCUUCCAAGAUUUAUAGUCCCUUAUCACCAUGCAGCCUAGUGAGGUUUCAGGCAUCCAAUACCUAGUUCCUUCCAAUCCAUCCCCAUAUUCACCCCAUUUCAGCAUGAAUCAGAGCAACAAGCCUGCACUCGACUCGAACCAGUUCUUGAACCCCCUGUAUAAUUUCUAUAUCCCUCCUCAAAUUCAAGACAUCAGUCCCCACUCGUCCUGUAUCAGCAGCAAUUCGACUUCGGACGAAGCCGAUGAGCAACAAUUAAGCCUCAUCAUCGAGAGGAAGCAAAGGAGGAUGAUAUCGAAUCGAGAGUCCGCACGUAGGUCACGUAUGCGUAAACAAAGGCACCUCGAUGAGCUUUGGGCACAGGUAGUUUGGCUCAGGAAUGAGAACCACCAGCUAAUAGAUAAGCUGAAUCAUGUCUCGGAAAGCCAUGACAAGGUCCUUCAAGAGAAUACUCAGCUCAAAGAGGAAGCCUCUGAACUUCGUCAGAUGCUUUUCGGUAUGCGACUGGGUCACCCUAACUCGACUUCGGUUAAGGUGGAUGAUGUUGCCCUGGAACAUGGUUUGUCCUAAAACCUCUUCCAUCACACAAAUUUUUGGUUCUUCAUGAUGUAAGAAAAUUAUGAGAAUAACAUGUUCUGAGCGUUUAGUUUAUGUAUCUCUUCUAAACUA